GUUCUGUUCAUUCUCGUCAGUGUGGCGCUAGUGUUGCUCCCAGGAUGCUGUACACGCACACUGUAUCCGCUCUGCUCGCCUUAUCGUGCGUCCUGACGGAGACUGAGGCCUGGGGAUACAAGAAUGGAGUUCUUCACAACUCCAUUUGGCUUGAACAAGCAGCAGGAGUGUACCACCGGGAAUCUCGCAAAGGGAGAUACCAGCUGACAUAUAAGGAGGCCAAAGCUGUGUGCAAGUUUGAGGGGGGUUCACUAGCAACUUAUGAUCAACUAGAAGCUGCCAGACAAAUAGGUUUUCAUGUGUGUGCAGCUGGAUGGUUUGAUAAAGGCCGUGUCGGGUAUCCCAUCGUGAAAUCUGGAACCAACUGUGGAUAUGGAAAGGUUGGAAUUAUCGAUUACGGUUAUCGGCUAAACAAAAGCGAGAAGUGGGAUGUCUACUGCUACAACCCUAAUUCAAAAGAGUGUGGAGGUGUGCAUACAGAACAGGAGAAGAUUCUACAGUCACCAGGCUUUCCAGAUGAGUAUCCUGAUGAGCAGAUCUGCUACUGGCACAUUCGUGUGCGCUAUGGCCAGAGGAUUCACCUGCAGUUCCUUGAUUUCGAUGUUGAGGAUGAUGUAGGCUGCAUCAGUGAUUAUCUGGAGAUCUAUGACAGUUAUGAUGAUAUCUCAGGUUUUGCUGGAAGGUACUGUGGAGAUGAACUACCUGAAGAUUUUCUUAGUACAGGUAACGUUAUGACACUAAAGUUCCUUGCGGAUUCAUCUGUGUCUGCUGGAGGUUUCAGGAUACAGUACACUGCUAUUGAUUCAUCUCUGCCCGCCGACAGUGACACAAGCACUAACACUUGACCACUCCUUAAAUAGAUGUUGUUUUGUAAGUGAAUUGUUUAGUUUUAUGUUUACACAACUGUAAUCCACCAUUUAAAGAAAUCUAUAGGACGUUAAACUGCUUUUGUACUUCACCUGUACUUUCAUUUGUUAUAUCUUUUUUGCUUUUUGUAAAAAGUAAAAUAAUAAUAGGUUAUAUGAAUAAAAUGAUUGCAGGCAUUUAACAGAGAAUUAGCUGUUGGCCACAAACACUUGCACCAUUGCUCUUGUUUCUAAAGUCCUGAUUCAGAUGUCCUGAUGCUGGACAAGCUCAUCAUGUAUUUAAAAAUACCAUUAUAUGUUUCUAAAAUGGAUUGACCUUAUGCAUUUAACAUUUUUUGUUAAAGAGCUUUGUACUGAAUUGGACUGCAUUAAAUUGAAAUAUAUGAU